AUGCAGAGACCAAGCGGCCAAGGGACGGCGUUUUCCAUUGACUCGUUGAUUGGGACUCCGCAGCCCCGACCUGGACACCUGCUCUACACGGGCUAUCCUAUGUUUAUGCCAUACAGACCCCUGGUCAUCCCUCAAGCCCUCUCUCACUCGCCUUUACAAUCUGGCAUUCCACCGUUAGCCCCUUUGGCUUCCUUCGCCGGACGUCUUACCAACACAUUCUGUGCUAGCCUGGGACAGGGAAUGCCCUCCAUGGUGGCCCUCACCACCACUCUGCCGAGUUUCUCGGAUCCGCCGGAUAGUUUCUACCCACCACAAGAGAUCCCUGGACCCAGAUUAAGUGCUGAUCCUGGGAUUAGGAGGCAGGAGAGCCCGCAUUCAGAGGAUUUGCCUGUAAGGGACAAGGGUUCAGAACUGCUCAACUUCUCGGAAAGUUUUCAAACUAUCACAGGUGAGACUAAGCUGUACAGCUCGGACGAGGAUAAAUUGGACCUCAAGUCAGCUGAGACCGCGUGCAGCGACAGAGAAGAGGACAGUUCAGUAGACAGUGAGAAUGAGAGUUUCUCGGACGGCAACAAUUGCGGGUCAUUAUCCCAAAAGAAACUUAAACCCGGGUCUCAGGAGCCCCUACCACCGGGGAGUGCAGCGGGAAAGAGUAGGAGGCGGCGAACUGCCUUCACCAGCGAACAGCUACUUGAACUUGAAAAAGAAUUCCAUUGUAAAAAGUACCUCUCUCUCACGGAGCGCUCUCAGAUAGCACAUGCACUUAAACUAAGUGAGGUCCAAGUCAAGAUUUGGUUCCAGAAUCGCAGAGCCAAAUGGAAACGGAUUAAGGCCGGAAACGUCAACAACAGAUCGGGAGAACCUGUAAGAAAUCCAAAAAUAGUGGUCCCCAUCCCGGUGCACGUCAACAGGUUUGCCGUUAGGAGUCAACACCAACAGAUUGAGCAAGGAACCAGGCCAUGAACAAUCAGAACGAGACUGCAAAAUUGUUGAUAUCCCACUUUUAUUACCCAACCACUAACAAGUCAAAUGCUAUAUUUUGACCACUUAUGAAGCUUAAAACAGGAAUGGGGGAGGGGGAAAUCAUACAAGUAGCCUACUUACGAAUAGAAACCGACUCCUUCGACGACAUAGUUUGUCCGAAGAGUUUAUUUCCAUUCGGAAAGUAUUUGUCAGGGUAAUAAUUGCGGUAGCAAUAAAAACAUCUUUCUGACAUGUAUUUAAUUCAGCUUGUAAGCGUUGGCUAGCUGCGGGGGGAAAAUAUUCGCUUACAAAAUUGCAUCCGGUUGGUUCUUGAAUACGCAAGACUCCUUAUUUAUUACUUUGUACAUUUGUAAAUACCGUGUCAAGGCGACACAGAAGUGCACUAUAAAUAAGAUUGUAUACAAUUCUUUUUUAAAGUAAUAUUUAUAUGUUACAGUGUGACAAUUAUGUGAAUUGCAUGUUUGCGUAUGCCCACUUGUUGAAGAUGUUUUUAUAAUUCCCUUCCUUCGGUUGUAAAGCCGCCCCACUUACGUUGAUCCCAACUCUUUGCAUGUU